AGCAGCAUGAUGGCAUCCAGUUGCAACCGACAGUAUUUUCUAAACCCAAGGCUUUCCCUGGUGGCUCUGCUUUGGUUAUGUGCCAUUUAUGUCACAGAAAGUGCUACUCCAAUUCACCUCAGAGGGGAGGUUGGUGGAAAUGUGACCUUUCACUGUCCUGCUGACAAGAAAAAGGAUGUUCAAUUUUUCUACUUUCAAACCAACGACACAUUUGUGAACGGCUACUAUGAUUCAAAAGAUCUAAGGACAUUUGGACCGAUAUGGGAGAACACAAGAGUGGAUCACAAUGAGAAAACUGUGGACAUGUACAGACUGAACAUCUCACAUAGCAGAGUCUAUGACUGCAUUAUCCAGUACAAAGACGGGCCUUUGAUUAGAAAUUCAAUCAGCCUCAGUGUCACAGCCAACUACAGUAAACCCACGGUCACAAAGUCCUGUGAAGAUGGCUCCAGUUGCCUUGUGACGUGUGUGUCCUAUGGUGGGUACCCAGGCACUGAGGUGAUGUGGAACAUACCUGUGUCUAAGAAUACCAGCGGCCAGAUGUGGAAAGUUGUGAACAACAGUGAAGUGCCCAAUCCAAGCACCAUGAUGUACAACAGCUCCAGCACUGCAUACUUUAAUUGCUCCAAAGGAGAACUGACAUACCUCAGCUGCUCUGUCGGUGACGUCACCUCGAACAUGUUCUCAGUCUGUAAACCUAAGGUUGUACACGGCAUAUACAAUCCUAUGAUAAUAACAGCCAUCUGCGCAGUUGUGGUUUUUGUCAUUUCUAUUGUGGCAUUGCUACUGUGGCGUAAAUCCAAGAAAAGAACGACAGGAGCACUAGCAGUAGAUGUGAAACAAGGGCAGAGUGUGAGAGAGGAGGAAAUAGCCCUCAGCAUAAAAGAGGAGGGGGAAAGGCAUCCUGAGUGCUGACCUCGUGAAGAAGUACAUCCGAUUUUUAUUCGGACCAAUAAUAUUACCUGUUCUAGUCUAGAACUAAAACUGUAUGUCACUCAAGUGUGCGUUAACAUUUUGACUGACUGGCUUCAUACAAGACAGGAAUAGCCAGUACCCAAAAGUGUCCAAGGAGCACGGUGUCAAUGUUUCAGUGACACUUGUGACCUUUAAUGUUUGAGGAAGUAUUCAUCACUAGUAUCCCUUUACUGGUGAAGGACAGUGCGUCAUUCAACUAAGAGUAACUUACACUUCCCAAAAAAAGGACUUUUCUAAUGGUUUGUGGUGAGUUUGAUGUCGUGUACUGGGAAAAAAAACAAUAUCUAUAGGGAAACAUUUCCCAGAACCGUGAGCGGGAAAAUCAAACGCAGACAAGUAGUUUGAUGAAAAUGUGUAUUUGAUUGUUACACUGACAUCUCUGGGUACAAGUGUGAACUGUUACAUGUGUCAGUUUUGGAAUGAGUUUAAUCAUUUUUUGAUACAUAUAAUGUUGGA